AUGCCUUCACAAGCAUCACUUGGCACGCUGGCUGCCCGCGCCGGGCGCCAACGUGGCCUCGCGAGCUUUCGGAAUGCCCCCUCAGCAAUAUCGUGGGCACAGCCCAGAGCGAUACAAGCCCGUCACCUCAGCAGAAAGUCAAGAGCCGAGCCCCCUCGACCCUCGCCGCUGCCAGCCCGGCCACAAGACUUCCUUCGACGCCAGCCCUUGGCCGCCUACACGUCCAAGACCAAUUCACGACUGCUGUCCGGGAGGCCCCUUCCACAAAGAGAGUCAUGGGCGCUCAACUUCGCAUACCGGAGCAUGGCUUGGGUGGGCAGUGGCAUAGUCUUUGUCGGCCUCGUCUUCGGUGCCUUUUUUGUCUACGAUGCCUCCACCUACAACGAGCACGCCGUCGCCGCCGAGUGUGAUGUCUCGCAACUUGCAUUGAGCCCUCGGAGGGGCGGCCCAAAGAACCUGCCUAUCGCAGACGUCCUCAUUGACGAUGAAGACACCGAGGAACACAAGAAGAGGAAGGACAAGCCAAAGCUGGUGAUCCUCGGCGGCGGCUGGGGCGGAGUUGCGCUGCUGAAGGAGCUCAACCCGGAGGAUUAUCACGUAACCGUCAUCUCGCCCGCCAAUUACUUCCUUUUUACGCCAAUGCUGCCGUCCGCGACGGUUGGGACCCUUGAGCUGAAGUCUCUCGUCGAGCCGAUAAGGAGGAUCCUGUCAAGGGUUAAGGGCCACUUCAUCCGUGCCAAGGCCGAAGAUGUCGACUUCUCAGGCAGAUUAGUCGAAGUCUCUCAGGUCGAUGCGCAAGGAAAGGACGUCAGGUUCUACGUCCCAUAUGAUAAGUUGGUUAUUGCCGUGGGGUCACAGACCAACCCCCACGGCGUCAGGGGCCUGGAGAACUGCCACUUCCUCAAGGAUAUACGAGACGCUCGAGUGAUCCGGAAUCAAGUCAUACAGAAUCUCGAACUAGCCUGCCUACCGACCACCUCAGAUGAGGAGCGGAGACGCUUGCUCUCCUUCGUGGUCAGCGGUGGCGGGCCGACGGGCGUCGAGUUCGCAGCUGAGCUGUAUGACCUCCUCAAUGAGGAUCUGACAAAGCAUUUCCCAAUGCUACUGCGCAACGAAAUAUCGGUACACCUGAUUCAGAGCCGAGGGCACAUCCUCAACACCUACGAUGAGGCCGUGUCCCGGUACGCCGAGGACCGCUUCAAACGAGACGGGAUUAAUGUCCUCACCAACUCCAGAGUGUCCGAGGUAAAGAAGGAGACCAUUGUGUUUACACAAAAGGGCAAGGAUGGCAAGACGGUCACUAAGGAGCUCCCGAUGGGCUUCUGCCUGUGGUCCACGGGCGUCUCCCAGACAGACUUCAGCCAGACGCUAGCUAAGAAGCUCGGCGAGUACCAAACCAACCGGCACGCGCUCGAGACGGACACGCACCUGCGCGUGAAUGGCGCGCCCCUGGGCGACGUCUACGCCAUCGGGGACUGCUCAACGGUGCAGAACAACGUGGCUGACAACAUCGUGACCUUCCUCCGUGGGAUGGCUUGGAAGCACGGCAAGGACCCGGAGAGUCUAGACCUGCACUUCACCGAGUGGCGCAACGUGGCCGCCGAGGUGAAGCGCAAGUUCCCCCAGGCCGUCGGCCAUCUGAAGCGGCUGGACCGCCUGUUUGCCGAGUUCGACAAGGACCAGAGCGGCACGCUCGACUUUGGCGAGCUGAGGGAGCUGCUCAAGCAGAUCGACAGCAAGCUCACCUCCCUGCCCGCGACCGCGCAGCGCGCGAACCAGCAGGGCCAGUACCUCGCCUUGAAGUUCAACAAAAUGGCCCAUGCUGCGCCGGGCCUCAGGGCCAACGAUAUCCGCGACGGCGAUCUUGACGAUGCCGUCUACAAGGCCUUCGAGUACCACCACCUCGGAAGCCUCGCCUACAUCGGCAACUCGGCCGUCUUCGACCUCGGCGGCGGGUGGAACCUGACGGGCGGGCUGUGGGCAGUGUACACCUGGCGUGGCGCCUACUUUGCGCAGUCAGUGAGCUUUAGGACGAGGAUGCUAAUGAUGAUGGACUGGACGAAGCGUGGUUUUUUCGGCCGAGAUCUUAUGAGCUAUUAA